AUGCCAAAUGUUCCGAGAAGUUUUUAUCGGAUUAAACGUCUAUUACUACCAAAUCCUUCUGCACCAACUUCUGCAUUCGUUACUUACAUUUGUCCAGUUUGUUGUGAAGCAACAACAUCAUUGCAUCACUGCAGCAACAAGCAUUGUACAGAACAUAAACGUUUUCAUGCACCACCUUUGUAUUAUUUACGAAUGCCAAUUCUUCAACAAUUACGAGAAAUUAUUGAUCAUGCACCACCAUUAAAUUUUGAGCAACAGCAAGAAAAACUUACUUCAGAUAUUGAUCUAAUAAAUGACAUAUAUGAUGCAGAAGCCUACCAACAUAUAAUAAAGAAACAGGCAGGAAAAAAUUUUUUGACUCUGAUAAUGAACGUAGACGGUAUUCAAGUUGCUAAAAACUCUAAUUUAUCUCUUUGGAUAUUCACUUUUAUUAUUAACGAAAUCAAACGAAGUGAACGCUUUAAGCUAAAAAACAUCAUUAUAGGUGGUAUUGUAUCGGCUGUGUCGAAACCCGAUCGUCAGCAGAUGCAAGCAUUUUUGUCACCCAUUGUUAGAGAACUUCUUGUAUUGGAACAAGGCGAAACUUUUGAAGUGAAAUGUCUAAAUGAAAACUCACACUUGCAUCUGAAAACAUUUUUAAUUGCAUCGUGCUGCGAUAAACCGGCACAAAGUUUAGUUCAAGGAAUAAGUGAACCUAUUGGGGCCUUUGGUUGUGGGCGUUGCGAGCUGCAAGGUGAAACAGUGGCUGUCAAAAAGAAUUCACGAAAAAAAAUUCGAGUUUUUCCUCUUAUUCCUGAUCAUCAAGAACAACCUCGUUUACGUACAAAUAAAACUUACGAUAUAUUUAUGAAGGUUUACGCACAAGAACGUUUGCUAAAUCAUGUUGAGCUUCGUGAUCGUUUACGAGGUCAUAUUAGUCCUUGUGUUCUUCGAGAUUUAACUUACUUCGAUGUUGGAACUAGCUUUUUAUCAGAUUCGUUACACAACGUAUAUCAUGGUGUGAUGGUAAGAGACCUUUGCAUUGUUUUUCUGCGUGACAAGGAAAAAUUUAUCCAAAAAUAAUGCCCAAAGAUUGAUGAUAUAAAUCAAUAACUGCAUUUUUGUUCUGCUAGCAUAGCGUUGCCUUUCUAUUCAUAUCGAUUCAAUUGAAAGCAAUCAAAUCCUUAAACUACUUUUGAGAAUAUUUAAAAUGCAAGAAAUGUAAAAAAACUCAAUAGAAAUUAGCUCUAUAGAAUGAGAGCUGUACAUGUUACAAAAAAAAGCGUAAGUUACGUUUCUGUAGAAGAAGGCUAAAUUUAUAUAGGACUUAUAUUUAUAGAUUUUCGUGUUUUGAGUUCUAAUAGAAUUUAAAAUAAAUCACUGAUAACUUUUAAACAUAAAAACACAUGUCAACGUUCAUGUAAAGUUGCAAUGUAGACAACAACUCUACAAUAUUCUAUCGACUCAUAUCUCUACCAUACAAUUAUGAGUUUUGCAUCAAUGAUUUAUUUCCACGUAAUAUCAAUACUGUAUUCGUUUAAGUCUUCCCUUAUGUAUUUUACAUGAUUGUUAAGCAAAUAAAUUAAUGAAAAUAAGUCUCAAAUUUAUUUUUUCGAAUGUUUGGACGGUAGUGUCGAAAUUUGUGUUAUAAGAUACAAAAGAAAAUAAAAAUGCAUGUACUCAUUUCAUUAAAUUUCCUCACUCCAUUGAAGACCAUUAGUUGAAUAUAAAAAAGUUCUUACUUUAAACUUUUUCUUUUUUUUUCUAUUGUAGACUAGAAGUAUUAGACUAAUAUCUGAAUCCUUUUUGUUUAGAAACGCUUAUUUCGUCUUUGGUUUAAUAAAAAAUAUAGAAAACAACCAUGGAGUAUUUGUUCUAAGUUAAAUGUAGUUGAUCGUUAUUUAUCUUCAAUAAAUUAUCCAUCUUUUCCAAAUCUUUAUAGAGAAAAAAAAUCAAAGUUUAAAAAGCACAAGAACAAAAUACCAAGGUUACCCAGUAUCAUUAAUAAUAUUAGAAUAUAACUGAAUCUUUUUUCUCCUAAAAAAUCCGGAUAGCUUUAUCUGAAUGCGAAAAACUUUUAUUGAUAAAAUAGAUGGUGGCUCUAAUUUUUCUUCUAACAAAAUUCAGUAAAAUUAAAACGUGCUUGCAUGUCACAAGAUUUACAAGCUCUAAGAAUACAUUCAAAAAGUGAUUAAUACUUUCAUUCCAAUAAUUACACACACAAAAUAUCUACCGGUUCAAUAAAGCAAUGUGCAUCACCCAAUGUAAGUUGCUUAUGUUUUGUGAAGAUGACUCGAAUUUUCGACAAAUCACGUAGAAAAGAUACAUAUGUUCAUACAUCUAAGAUACUUCUGCACACGAUUAUACGUUUACCAUCCGUCAAUCACGUUUUAACUAUUACAACUGUGAAACUUGUUCCUGUUGCAGGUGCGUCUAGAUGCGAUUAUCAAUUCGAACGCAUAUGGAUGCGUUUUUGAAACGCGAAUAAACGCGAUCAGUGCUUCAAAUGCGUUUAGUAGCGUUUUGUUUUAAAAAACAAGUAAACGCGUUUUGAUUUUGGAUGCGUCUAAACGCGAUCAUUGCUACAAACGCAUUCAGACGCAUCUAUGAAACGCGUCUAAGCGCGAGUAUAGGUACAAGUGCGUUCAGACGCGUUUCGUAGAUGCGUCUGAACGCGUUGCAUCUGAGGUUUUAACCGUAACAGCGUCCGAACGCGUUUAUAAACGCGUUUAAACGCGCGUAGUCUGCGUUUGGCUUUCACAUGGGAUGUUUAACUGCUCAUUAUUAUUAAACACUUUCAUCAUAAUCGUUACUCAUUUGAGCUUCUAUCUAUUUCAUUAUUAAUACACUUUUCAUUAGAGUCUAUUCGCGCUUCAUUAGU